AUGGAUGAUGUAGAGGGAGGGAUCGAUUUGAUCCCCGAUGAUAUGCGAGCGUUAAUGGAUGGCUUCGAUCCCACCUUCCUCGACGACAUUGGAACCGAUAAUUUGGAUAGCUAUUUCCCAACCCCUUCAAAUACGGAUUCCGAUGGGUCAAUCAACGGUCGUCGAGGCUCUAGCGCGUCCAGCUCUGAAUGGUCCCACGAGGAUGCACGGAAUGUAACGUACCAUCAGCAGCCUCAAUACCUCGAAAAUCAAGCUCCCCAAUUGUUUUUGGCCGAUCCGGUGAUGCCUGACCCGAGUUAUCGAUAUUUUGAUUAUAAGGAUGAGUCAUCCAUUCCUUUCCCCUCCCCCACCGAUUCGUGCCCGAGCAUCUCGCCAACCCGAAUUUCAUCCCCUCCGACUCAAUUGGUACAAAUCCAUCCUCCCUUGAAGCCAAACCAAAAGCUGAUCCUAGCCCCUCAAAAGAGUGUCGAGCCCGUGAAAAUGCUGAUUGCAAAGCCGCUCCAACAACGUCCCGCCACGACUCACAUCACUCCACAGCCCUUGAAUCUAAUACCGGUUGGCCGUACCCUGUCGGCAGAAGAGCAGAAGAAGAUCCGAAAUCGCCAUUUUGCUCAGCAGUCCCGUGAGAAAAAGAAAAAGGCAGCACAAGCUAUGGAAUCGGAACUACAACGGGUCAGCCUAGAAAAUGAUCAGCUCAGAAAGGAAAAUCAUCGCCUGAGGACGGAAAACUCGGAAUUGCGAGCAAGGUGUGGUUUGGCUCAUAUAGAAGUUCCCAGGAUGAAACCGAAUGGACGCACGGUGAAAGCCGUGGCGGGAGGAACGUUUUUCGUUUUUGCUCUCGUCUUUGUCGCUGGAAUCUUCACGUCCGGACCAAGCAAUGACACCGAGUUCACUGUGGACGUUCCAUCGCGCGUACUAAAGGUGGAUCCAAAGCUCAUCGAAGCCCUGCCUGCUGAAUACAACGCUACAGCCAACUCGACCGAUUUCCAAGUGUUGGGAAAUAUGCUCGACUCGUGGGUCUCGCGUCAUUCCGCAGCUAGCGGAGGAGCUGUACGAUUCGGUAGUAUGCAGCGACUGCUCGUGAAUGAGACUGGAGUAAUGCCUAGGACUAGCUCUGGUGAGCGGAAACGCGAUCAGGCCAAGCAAAAGGCGAUACGUGAUCGAGCAUGGAAACAUCUCGACCUUCUAAACACCAACUCUACUCGCUCUUCCCUAAUCAAGAGCCAAGUCGCCGGUGGCAUUGCUAAUUUGAGCCGUGAGGGCCGUAUUAUGGAUCGCCCCUUCUCCCCCACUAUCGAUGAACAAUUGUACACCGAUUUGGCUAGAGCGGUGCAGCGGCGCAAGGAUACGCUCUAUCUAUUUGGCGGCCAGUACCUCCUCAUGCCAUCCGAAACGCGAGAUCCGGCUAUUCAACCGAAAUUCUCGUUAAUCGUCCCGGCACUCGCUCCAAAUGCUACAGAUGCCGACCCAAUUGUCUCGAUGCUGCGAAUCGAUUGUAACGUGAUCGCCACCAGCCUCUUCAACAUCCCCAAAGAAUAUUUAUUGUUU